AUGAUUGCGCCAGCCAAAGUCUCGGAUAGUGCCUUGGGAGAACCAAACAUGAUGAGCUGCGCGGAAUCCAUCCCUCCCACAACAGUUGACCGAAUCCCUCGUACUUUGUCCGUCAUGUCCGCUGAUUUCCAACAAAAGAGGCUCCCGUUCGAGAAAAGCUCUCAACUUACCGAGCGAGCUGUGUCUUUGGGCUCUGUGGGCACUCAGCGUCAAGACAGCCCACCGUCAGAGGAGCAAGGGAAUAACCUCGUCCGAUUGUCGCGAGAACCUGUCAUUCCUGAGUUCACGACUUUGUCUUCAAAGUCAGAACCCAUGAUGGACGAUGUUCAGGUUGAAAUCGCAGUUGGCCACGUUCGGACGACUGGAUCGACCAGCGAGUCCUUAGCUCCCAAGCCAACGACUUUACAUUCUUCGGAGCCAGAGGUUCCUACUAUUGAAGACCAGAUGAUUGGAUCGAACAGCGAGUCCGCAGCUCUCGAGCAGACGACUUUACAUUCAUCGGAGCCAGAAGUUCCUACUAUCGACGACCAGACGACUGGAUCGAACUGCGAGUCCGCAGCUCUCGAGCAGACGACUUCACAUUCUUCGGAGCCAGAAGUUCCUACUAUCGACGACCAGACGACUGGAUCGAACAGCGACUCUACAGCUCCCGAGCCGACGACUUCACCUUUAUCUGAACAUGCCACUACUAUCGACAUUCGAUCGAGGAUCAAACACGUACUUGAGAUGUCCACCCGCCCCAAGACUCUCGUCACUUGCUUCGUCACUUUCCUCGUCAUUCUCCUCUUCGGGUCCAUUCUCCUCUACAAAUUCUACUCCACUUCCACCGCCAAGCACGCCACGGCGCAUUCCACCUACAGCUGGCCAGAGGACUCGAUGCCCAUCCACGACGGCUCGUCAAUCGGGACCGCAGAGCUCGUGCAGCGGCUGAGAACCGUGAUGACUUCUCACCGGGAAGUUCUGGCUCUGGCUCUCGUGCCUGACGGCGACGACUCUUUGCACCGCAAGGGUAUCUCCCAGGGGGUCCUCACUCGGCAAUACCAGCAACUCCGUCAUAUGGAUGACAUUGUUGUGGCGAUGAUGGUGAUGAAUCAGGGUGGCUUGGUCGGGUAUUUCACGGAAGAGGGAAUGCGGGCGCAGUUGUUGAGGCUAGCGGGACCGUUGAGUAUGGAGACUCGUGGUGGGUGGAAGGAAGGUGAGGGUUGGGCUGGAGGAGGAGAGGUGGUAGAGAAUGUCAAUUUGUGUGUGGAGGAGUACUUGAAGUGUUUACCGCAAAUCCACAUUCUGCGAAUACCGUGCAGUUGA